AUGUCGAGGCGCAAGCAGGCGAAGCCGCAACACAUCCACUCGGACGAGGGCCGGGACGAGCAGCCUCCGCCGCCGGCCGCGGAGCCCGCAGGGGCGGCGCCGGCGCCCGGGGAGCCCGGUGCUCCAAUGAACCCCCUGGGGAAUGGCGGCGAUGAGGCCACGGGGGAGAAAGCCACGGCCAAGCGGCCUCGCGGGGAGGACACGCACGUGUGCGAGAAGUGCUGCGCUGAGUUCUUCAGCCUCCCUGAGUUCUUGGACCAUAAGAAAACUUGCACUAAGAACCCUCCUGUCCUCAUCAUGCACGACGGGGAGGGAGCAGUGCCCCCGGACGAGUUCUCCCGCACCGUCCUGAGCCACCAGCCCCCCAGCCCUAGCCACAAGGAGGGCCCCAGGGAGGGUGAGGGGAAGGACCGGCCGGGCACUGAGCCCAUCCUGUACUUGAAGACUGAGACUGCCCUGCCCCCGCCCCAGGACAUAAGCUAUUUACCCAAAGUCAAGGCAGGGCCGGCCAAUGUGGCCCUGCAGGCCCUGCGGGGCACCAAGAUGGCCAUGAACCCACGGAGCCCCGACGUGCCCCCCGCCCCCGGGCCGGGCCCCCACAGCAUCCCCUGGGUGCUGGAGCAGAUUCUGCGGCUGCAGCAGCAGCAGCUGCAGCAGAUCCAGCUGACCGAGCAGAUCCGCAUCCAGGUGAACAUGUGGGCGGCGCAUGCCCUGCACUCGGGCGUGGCGGGCUCCUCCGAUGCCCUCAAAACCCUGGGCGCCCACGUGUCCCAGCAGGUGUCGGCCGCCGUGGCCUUGCUCAGCCAGAAAGCCGGGAACCAAAGUCUCUCUCUGGAUGCCUUGAAGCCUGCCAAGCUACCUCAUGCCAACGUGCCCGCUGCCACCGCUGCCAGCCCCCUGUCCCCUGGGCUCACCCCCUUCGCCCUGAAGGCCGACGGGACCCGAGUGCUCCCCAGUGUCGUGUCCCGGCUCCCCAGUGCUUUGCUACCUCAGGCCUCUGGCUCUGUGCUCUUACAGAGCCCUUUCUCCACGGUGGGGCUGGACCCAGCCAAGAAAGGGAAAGGAAAGCCUCCCAGCAUGGCCGCCGCCGCCGCCGCGGACUCCAAACCCAAAGCCGACGCCCCGCUCUACAAACACAAGUGUAAGUACUGUAGCAAAGUGUUCGGGACCGAUAGCUCCUUGCAGAUCCAUCUGCGCUCCCAUACCGGAGAGAGACCCUUCGUGUGCUCUGUCUGUGGCCACCGCUUCACCACCAAGGGCAACCUCAAGGUCCACUUCCACCGGCACCCCCAGGUGAAGGCCAACCCCCAGCUCUUUGCCGAAUUCCAGGACAAAGGGGCGCCCGGGCCGGGCCUCCCCUACGCCCCCCCCACCCCCGCCCCUGUAGACGAAUCGAGCCUCUCUCUAGACAGCAAACCCGUCCUGGUAGCAGGCACCCCCUCGGUAGGGCCACCUCUAAACCUCUGCUCAGGGACCAGCCCCAAGGACCCGGCGGGCGGCCCCCCGCCCCCCGACCCGCAGCCCGGGCUGCCUCCAGAGAGCGCGAGCGGCGUAGCCUUCACCGGGAUGAGGCCCAACCAUACGGCCCCCAGGGUGGGUGGCUUUCAGGGGAGUGGGGCCCCCGAGGCGGGGUCCGAGACCCUGAAGCUGCAGCAGCUGGUAGAAAACAUCGACAAGACCACCAGCGACCCCAACGAGUGCGUGAUCUGCCACCGCGUGCUGAGCUGCCAGAGCUCGCUCAAGAUGCACUACCGCACGCACACGGGCGAGCGGCCCUUCCGCUGCCGCGUGUGCGGCCGCGCCUUCUCCACCAAGGGCAACCUGAAGACGCACCUGGGCGUGCACCGCGCCAACACGGCCUUCAAGACGCAGCACUCGUGCCCCAUCUGCCAGAAGAAGUUCACCAACGCCGUCAUGCUGCAGCACCACAUCCGCAUGCACAUGGGCGGCCAGAUCCCCAACACGCCGCUGCCCGACAGCCCCCGCGGCUUCUCGCCCGAGCCCACGGCCGCUGCCUGCCGCCAGGACGCCAUGGAGAGCUUCGAGGUCGAGGAGGGAGGCGGCCCCUCCCAGGUCCCGGCUGCGCCUCUGCCCCACCUGCCGUCCCCCCCUCGGGGGUUCUCCGUGGUGCCCGCCGCAGAGGCCCCCGGGAAAGCGGGGCCCGGCCCCUUGAGCCUGCAGCGCCAGAGCAGCCGGGAAAACGGCUCUGUGGAGAGCGAUGGGCUGACCAACGACUCGGCCUCACUCCUGGGUGACCAGGAGUAUCAGAGCCGGAGCCCCGACGCUGUGGAAGCCUUGUCCUUCCUGGCCGUGUCCCCCGCCACUAGCCAGGCAGAGAGCAUCCCGUCCCGAUCUCCCGAAGGGGGCAAGGCUGAGAGCUCGGAAAGCAGCCGCAAUGACACGGAAGUGGGUGGAACCAGACUCCCCCCCACAUUUAUCCGAGCGCAGCCCACCUACGUCAAAGUCGAAGUUCCUGGAACCUUCGUGGGCCCCUCCACCGCGUCCCCAGGAGUCACACCCCUGCUCUCCUCCCAGCCUCGCCGCCAGGCCAAGCAACACGGCUGCACACGCUGCGGGAAGAACUUCUCAUCGGCCAGCGCCCUGCAGAUCCACGAGCGGACACACACGGGCGAGAAGCCAUUUGUGUGCAACAUCUGCGGGCGAGCCUUCACCACCAAAGGCAACCUGAAGGUCCACUACAUGACCCACGGGGCGAGUAACAACGCUGCCCGCCGUGGGCGGAAGCUGGCCAUCGAGAACACCAUGGUGCUGCUGGGCGCUGAUGGGAAGAGGGUUUCCGACACGUUUCCCAAGGAAAUCCUGGCCCCCUCGGUCAGCGUGGACCCUGUGGCGUGGAACCAGUAUACCAGCGUGCUCAACGGUGGGCUGGCCGCGAAGGCCAAUGAGAUCUCGGUCAUCCAGAGCGGCGGCAUCUCGGCCCUGCCCGUGGGUCUGGGCGCGGGCCCUGGGAACAGCGCCCCCACGGCCAAGGCGGAGGGUGUGCAGGCCGGGGGCGGCGCCGAGGUGGAGAAGCCAGGCGUCCCCGACGGUGUGGUCAGAGCCCAGUUCCCUCAUUUCCUGGAGGAGAACGAGAUCGCCGUCAGCUGA